CCCCCCCGCCAUGGCGGAGGAGAAGCCCCGGGAGAGCGUGAAAGCAGAGAACGAGCACAUCAACCUGAAAGUUUCCGGGCAGGACGGCUCCGUGGUGCAUUUCAGAAUAAAGCGGCACACUCCGCUGAGCAAGCUCAUGAAGGCGUACUGCUGCCGGCAGGGCUUGUCAGGGAAGCACAUUACGUUCCUGUUUGAUGGACAGCCAAUUAGAGAAGAAGACACACCUGCAGAGCUGGAGAUGGAACACGAGGACACGAUCGAAGUGUACCACCAGCAGACAGGUGGAGGCUGCUAAGACACAGCAACUUUUGGAGAACAGUUUGAGGAUACUCAUCACACCUCACUCUCUUGUGUGUCCUUGGAUUUGCUGUUUUAUUAGGAAAGAAAUGAACAUGCCAGUCUCACAGGGUUCUUUGAAUCUCCAUAGGAUAUUUACCAAAGUAGCUUGUUGUCUUUGACAUUCUGAGUGCACAAGUCAAAAUAGUAUCUGCAGGGAUUGAGCUGUGUCUGAAUUCAGCCAUUUAAAGUUCAGAUUAAGUAAUGUCUGUUACUGUUGUUAGCCUUUUUAAAAAAUUUAUUGUUUGUGUUAUCUCUUUUUCCUCUCUCUUUAAGCCUGUGGCCUAAGCAUUCAUCCAUGUGUUGGGACACUGGUUUUUCUUUCCUGGCUCUGGUUGGUCUUGCCCCUCUGUUUUAACUGAAGUUAUAUAAAUAGUUCAAUGUAUUUUCAUA